UGGGGGCACAUCCCAGCACCCCGCUGAGAUGCCACAGGCCCAGCACAGCAGCCCCAGGGUCGGGGGGCAGGAUGGGCACCUCCCAUUACACCUCAGCCUCUGCACGCUGAGUGGUGUCCCGCUGGGACGGGGAGCUGAGGGCAGCCCUGGUCACAGCCUCGCCGGGGAGGAGGGAGCAGGCAGGAGGCCAGGCGGCGCUGGCACCCGUCCCGGCAGCCUGCCCUGCCCCUUCACUGUGACUCUGCAAAACACAGGGGCGGUGGCAGUGACGAUGACGAUGGCCGGGCAAGGAGGAAGUAGAGGGGCUCGGCUGGGCCGGGCACUGCUAGGGAUGGGCGGACGAGCUCAGCCAGCCGGGCGAGAGGAGGGUCGAGGCCAGCUGCCAGCCAUGGCUGAGGCUGAAGAUGCCAGCAUCCACACGAAGCACAUCGGGGAUGUGCACAACGUGCCCAUGGACGUCCUGAUCCGGCCCAUCCCCGCGGAGCUGGAUGCGGGCAAGGUGCAGAGCCUGAUGCAGACCCUCCAGGAGGAGCCCGAGCGGGUGCCCCCCAUCGAUGUGCUGUGGGUGAAGGGCAGCCAGGGGGGCGAUUAUUUCUACUCCUUCGGGGGCUGCCACCGCUUCGCCGCCCACCGGGCGCUCAACCGUGAGACCAUCCCGGCCAAGAUCAUCCCGUCCACCCUCAGCGACCUCCGCACCUACCUGGGAUCUUCCACGCCCCCCCUGCGCUAACCCGGUGUCCCGGAGGAGGCACAGCGGGGC